GCGUGAUGUCAGUCUGGUGCCACUAAUCUCGAGCAAGUUUAAUUUUCGACUGGCAAGCGGUUGGUGACGACGACGCGACGUGGGUUUUUGUUUACUUUUUCCUGGAGUGAAUCAUGCGAGACGACCACGAAUUGAACAUUAAUUUCGUAGCCCUUGUAGAGGCAUAUCCCUGUCUGUAUGACAAUACACGGGAGGAUUAUCAUAUGAUCCAUGUGCAAGAACGGGCUUGGGCGAAAAUUGCAAAAGACAUUGGGGAAGGAGCUACCAUCGCAGAUUGCAAAAAAAGGUGGAAGAAUUUACGUGGAAGUUACACGAAACAUUUAAAGACAUACAUGCCAUCUGGAUCUGGAGCAUCGGUAAAACGCCCAUACUAUCUCUCGGAGUACAUAUGUUUUGUUUUACCGUUCACUAAGUCCCGCCAACCGAAAGGAAAUGUUGACGCACCAAAGAAUAUUGAAACGGCCGAUAUAAUUCAUGAAGAAUCAAUUACGGAGGACCUAGAGACCGAAGAGCUUGAAACUCAACAAUUAGGAAGUCCAAAAAUUGGAAAUUACAAAAACAACCAAGGGAGAAAUGACGAUAUUGAUGAUGAACAGUGGAUUCCUGAAGAAUUUAACGAGCCUGUAUCAAAUAUUAUUGUAUCUCAGACAGACAGUUUGGAAAAAAAUGAUUCUGGAGAUCCAAAGCAAAAAACACAAAAGAGAAGUGUAUCCAGUUCGUCAGUACCUAGUGUAAAUAAUCCUAAAAGAAAUAAAACUACUCCGAAUCCAAUAUCUUUGGCAGAUGUUAACAAAUCUGCCUUUGAAUUUUUUGAAAAAAAGAAGCAAGCACCGUAUAAACCACCUGCUUUCACUAAUGAUGAUGCCGAUGUGCAGUUUUUGUUGAGUCUAUUGCCCGAUUUAAAAAAAAUGUCAGACAAGCAGAAAAGAAAAUAUAAAGCGGGAGUCCUAAAUCUUGCCGGUGAAAUCUUGGAUGAGCCUGUAGUGUCUCAUAUUUCUGCACCUCUCUUCUCCCCAACGUCUAGUUAUUCAUCGCUUGCUGCAGAAGGUAUACCUUCUGAGCCUUCUACCCGUUCCUCUUCAGCAUGUACCAGCUCUAUUCGACCUCAAUGUGAGACAGCUGAUUCGCGGACAUAUGAAGAUAUUUCGUUUUCAACAGUACGUCAGACAUCCACACAAGCACAAGAUACAUUAUUACCAAAUAUUCAGUAUAAUAACCCAUUAUUACCAGAUCAUGAAUUUGCUUUUUAA